AUGGACCAGCAGCACCAGCAGCAGUCCGUCCACGACGAUCAGCAGCAAAACUUCAACGUCCCCGCCUCUUAUUCUGCCAUGUACCCAUCAGAGGACGACUCUUCGUACGGCCUCGUGUAUCCUCCCCAGAUGCCGUCCUAUCAGGUCGUGCAUCCUGGCCCGCCUCCUCGUCAUAUGUCGGACUCGGACAUGCACCAGGCUGCAAUGCACUACCAACGUUCCCUCAACAUGAUCCCCGCCCAGCAUUUUUCCCAGCCCGUGUAUUCCGCGUCCCCGCCUCAUGGCGUGAUGCCCGUCUCCGCCUCGCCUCCCCCGCAAUCACCCAAUAUGUACGACCCUCUCUCUCCCCCCAUCUCCGGAUCAGACACAUCCGCGGACGGCAUCUACCACCACUCCAGGAACAGCAGCGCAACCGGCUCUCCCUCCUCCUCCCGCGCAAACAGUCUCGUACACCGCAACCCCCUGCGGUACAAUCCGACGCCUUCCCCCACGAGCUCAUCCGCCGGUCGCCGGAGCCGCGGCCGUUCUUUAUCCGACGAGGACGACCAUAUGGGUGUCAACAUUGCAGAGAGCCUUGCUAAUACUAGAAAGGAAGCAACGCGCAGGCAGCGGAUUGAGGCUGAGCAGCGGCGCCGAGAUGAACUUCGCGAUGGCUACGCUCGUCUCAAAGAGGUCCUGCCUGUCUCCAACCAGAAGAGCAGCAAGGUCUCUCUUCUCGAGCGCGCGACAAAUCACAUUGUAUCGUUGGAGAAGUCAAACCGGCAACUGCAGGCUCGUCUCGCCCAGAUAGAGCAGGAAGUGCAGAGACUGCGGUCACUGAACGAGAAAAUAUCUUUGGGCGUAGGCAACUCUCCUUCGCCCGGACAGCUGAGCGGCAUGGAUUCGCGACCUUUGUCCCCACCGCCUGAAGGUUCGCAGCAGUCUCAGCUGACCUCUGUGGCAGGCCAAGAGCCUCCCCACGAAGAGUCGAGUCCAUCUCCCUCUGAUGGUGGCUAUUGA